GCGGGACGCUGUGCUGGUGUGCCCAGGUCUUUGGGACAGCAGAACAGAGCCCAGGACACGCGCGGGACUCCCAAGGGUCUUGUUCCUUCAGCCUCAGCCAUGGCAGAGAACUCAGACAAGGUUCCUAUCACCAUGGUGGGGCCUGACGACAUGGAGUUUUGCAGUCCUCCAGCGUACGCCACCGUGACGGUGAGACCCUCCAGCCCUGCGCGGUUGCUCAAGGUCGGAGCGGUGAUCCUCAUUUCGGGGGCGGUGCUGUUGCUCUUCGGAGCUAUAGGGGCCUUCUACUUCUGGAAGGGGAAUGACAACCAUAUUUACAAUGUCCAUUAUACCAUGAGUAUCAAUGGGAAAUUACAAGAUGGGUCAAUGGAAAUAGAUUCUGGGAACAACUUGGAGACCUUUAAAAUGGGAAGUGGAGCUGAAGAAGCAAUUGAAGUUAAUGACUUCCAGAAUGGUAUCACUGGAAUCCGAUUUGCUGGAGGAGAGAAGUGCUACAUCAAAGCACAGGUGAAGGCUCAUGUUCCUGAAGUGGGCACUGUGACCAAGCAAAGCAUCUCUUCUGAACUAGAAGGCAAGAUCAUGCCAGUUAAAUAUGAAGAAAAUUCUCUUAUCUGGGUGGCUGUUGACCAGCCUGUGAAGGACAACAGCUUCUUGAGUUCUAAAGUCCUUGAACUCUGUGGCAACCUCCCUAUUUUCUGGCUGAAACCUACGUAUCCAAAAGCAAAUUUUGCAGAAAUCCAGAGAGAAAGAAGAGAAGUAUUAAGAAACACUGCUCCAACUACCACAAGAAGAUCACACAGUGGGCCACGGGGCAACCCAGGCCCCAGACUGCAUAAUGAAACCAAGCCCAGUGUUCAAGAGGACGUAGAGCUGUUCAAUCCUGACAAUCCUUACCAUCAGCAGGAAGGGGAAAGCAUGACAUUUGACCCUAGGCUGGAUCAUGAAGGAAUAUGCUGUAUAGAAUGUAGGCGAAGCUACACCCACUGCCAGAAGAUCUGCGAACCUCUGGGGGGCUACUAUCCAUGGCCUUAUAACUAUCAAGGAUGUCGUUCGGCCUGCAGAGUUGUCAUGCCAUGUAGCUGGUGGGUUGCCCGCAUCUUGGGCAUGGUGUAAAAACACUUCAUAUAUCGGUAUUGCCAAGCAAGAAUUAACUUGAGAACUGCCAACAAGGAAAGGGUAAAAGCAUGUUGAUGCCAAGGGACCACAAAGUAUUUUAUAUUCAACCUAAUACUAUCUUAAACACUUCCAACAAAAUUUCUCAACUGCUUUCCAGACUGUAUCUAGUAUGUGCGAAUGUACUGAAAGGGUAGUUUAAGUCUACAAUUAUAACCCCUUUAUUAUUUGCUUUGCUUUGACAAUAAAGCCUACUGUAAGUCUUUAAAAGCUGAUUUUGAAAUAAACAUGAAAAUUUUUUUCAAAUUU